GCCAUAUACAGUAGGACUUAAAAAGCCAAGACAGUUUCAAUGGAUUACUGCUAAAGCAGACGCUCCCUCUCCAAAUUUGCGUCCCCCAAAAAUAAACAUUACAACAAAACACCUCCAACCAAAACUAUGAUCUUCAAUUAUUCUUCUCAUCUUCCUCCUCCUCUUCUCCCCUCUUAAUAUAUUACCCACCAACACUAUCAUUUCUUUUCAUGGCUAAACCAACGGCUAUUUUUCUUGUCUCCCUAACAUUCACCGCCAUUUUCACUACCAUCACUCUCGCUACUGUCACUGAAAUUGACUCACUGCUAGCUUUCAAACGCACUAUCAACGAUCCACUUGGCGCUUUAAACGGUUGGGAUUCUUCCACACCAUUAGCUCCUUGUGACUGGAAUGGCGUCUCCUGUUACUUUAGCAGAGUUCAUCAACUCCGUCUCCCUCGUCUUCAACUUACCGCCGUUCUUUCUCCUCAACUUGCUAAUUUACGCCAGUUGCGUAGAUUAAGCCUUCAUUCUAACCAUUUUCAUGGCUCUAUUCCUUCAUCUUUCUCCUCUUUCUCUCUCCUCCGUGCUCUUUACCUCCAUAAUAACUCCCUUUCCGGCGUUAUUCCUCAUGGUCUUCUCUCUAUUAACAAUCUUCUUGUCGUUAAUCUCGCCGGUAACCAUCUUUCCGGCAUUAUUUCAGGCGGAUUAUCUACUAAUCUUCGUGUUCUUGACCUUUCUUAUAAUAAUUUUUCAGGCCAAAUUCCCACGAAUUUCUCUGAAACUUCACAACUAAUGCUUAUAAAUCUUUCUUCAAAUAGAUUUUCCGGUGCGAUUCCGGCGAGUAUUGGUGUGCUUCAAUCUCUGCAAUACUUAUGGCUUGACUCGAAUCUCCUUGUUGGAACUAUUCCUUCGGCGAUCCUCAACUGUACCUCGCUUGUUCAUAUCUCGGCUGAAGAUAAUUUCAUUUCCGGUAGUAUACCGGCGACUAUUGGAGCAAUGCCGCAGCUGGAAAUACUUUCUUUGACCUCCAACAACCUUUCUGGUGUAGUUCCUGUUUCAUUGUUUUGCAAUAAAUCCAGUACUAUGUCAGUUCGAUUUGUUUUCCUUGGAUUAAAUUCCCUCACGGGGCUAGUAAAGCCGCCAAAUGGGCGCACGUUUAAUGGUGGUUUGGAGGUAUUAGACCUUCACGAGAAUCGCAUUGUUGGUGAGCUUCCUAAUUGGGUGGCGGAUAUUCCAACGUUGAGGGUUUUGGAUUUUUCUAGUAACCUCUUCACUGGGUCUCUUAUUGCAGAUUUUGGGAAUUUGACCGUAUUAGAGGAGCUUAGGGUGGCCAAUAAUUCUCUCAGAGGUGAAGUUCCUACUGAAUUGGCACAAUGUAGGUUUUUGAAGGUUCUUGAUCUUGAAGGGAAUCACUUUUCUGGGAGAAUACCUAAUUUUUUGGGGAAUUUGAAAAUUUUGAGGGUAUUAUCACUAGGUAGGAAUAGUUUUUUGGGCUCUAUUGUCUUUGAUGUUGGGAGUAUACAGAGUUUAGAAGUACUGAAUUUGAGUGAAAAUGAGUUGACUGGGGUGGUCCCAAAUGAUGUGCUACAACUCUCUAAUUUGACUACUUUGAACCUCAGCUAUAAUAAAUUUUCUGGGCAAGUUCCUGUAAGAAUUGGGAAUAUGAAGAGUUUAGCCGUGUUGAAUUUGAGUAAUUGUGGAUUUUCAGGUCCCAUUCCAACAAGCAUCGGUAGUUUGAUGAGGCUAAGAGUUUUAGACUUAAGCAAACAAAAGAUUUCUGGGAAUUUACCUGCUGAGUUAUUUGGGUUGCCAAAUUUAGAGGUAGUUGCAUUACAGGAGAACAAUUUGGAGGGAGAUGCCAUUGAAGGAUUUAGUAGUCUGGUUGGUUUAAAGUCCUUGAAUCUAAGCUCAAAUUCUCUAUCAGGUGCUAUUCCAGAGACUUUCGGAUUUCUUCGGUCUCUGAAUGUGCUUUCUCUAUCAGACAAUCGAAUCUAUGGGAAGAUUCCACCUGAACUUGGCAAUUGUUCAGAGUUAAAAGUGCUUGAACUUGGAAGGAAUCGUUUGGCGGGCGAAAUCCCAAAUUCUUUCUCAAGAUUGUCACAUUUGAGAGAGCUUGAUUUGGGUCAUAAUGAUUUGGAUGGUGAUAUUUCAGAAGAGUUAUCCAAAUGUUCUAAUUUGGAGUAUUUGAUCUUGGAUUCCAACCAUAUAUCAGGGGCUAUACCAGGAUCAUUAUCCAAAUUGGUACGCCUUAAAGUGCUAGAUCUUUCAUCAAAUAAUUUGACUGGUUCUAUCCCAGAAAACCUUGCCCAUAUUUCCGGCUUGCAAAACCUUAAUUUGUCCUCAAAUCAUAUAGAAGGUGAGAUCCCAAAAACCUUAGGCUCCCACUUCAAUGAUCCUUCAUUGUUUGCAAACAACAGAAACCUGUGUGGCUUUCCAUUAAAGAAAGAGUGCUCAUAUGUGAGAAGAAGAAAGCUUAGGAAGUUGUUAUUAUUUAUUGGUGCUGCACUUGCUGGAGUUGUCCUACUGUCACUAUGUUGUUGUGGCUACAUCAUUAGCCUCCUUCGAUGGCGAGAGAGGCUCAAAGCAAAGGCAACCGGAGGAGAGAAGAAACCUAGCCCACCGAGAAGAAGCUCAGGGGUAGAUAGAAGUCGAAGAAGCAGUGAAAAUGGUGUCCCAAAACUUGUCAUGUUCAGUAACAAGAUAACACUAGCUGAAGCCUUAGAAGCAACAAGACAAUUCGAUGAAGAAAAUGUCCUAAGUCGAGGCAAGUAUGGGAUAGUAUUCAAGGCGACAUUUGCUGAUGGAAUGGUCCUUGCAAUCCGGAGAUUACCAGACGGAUUCCUUGAUGAUCGAGCAUUCAAAAAGGAAGCUGAGAUGCUUGGGAAAGUGAAGCAUCGAAAUCUGACCGUGUUAAGAGGGUAUUAUGCAGGUCCACCUGAUAUAAGACUGCUUGUUUAUGACUACAUGCCUAAUGGAAACUUGGCUACUCUUCUUCAAGAAGCAUCACAUCAUGAUGGGCAUGUCCUAAAUUGGCCUAUGAGACACUUAAUUGCACUUGGGAUUGCCCGGGGAAUAGCAUUUUUGCACUCAAUAGAUAUGGUUCAUGGUGAUAUAAAGCCUCAAAAUGUGUUAUUUGAUGCUGAUUUUGAAGCACAUUUAUCCGAAUUCGGACUGGAUAGGUUGACAAUUGCAACACCAGUUGAAGCCUCAACAUCAACUCCCCCAAUAGGAACAAUUGGGUAUGUUGCCCCGGAAAUGUUAUUAAGUGGAGAAAUUACAAAAGAAAGGGAUGUGUAUAGUUUUGGCAUUGUUUUAUUGGAGAUUUUAACAGGGAAAAAACCCAUUAUGUUUGAUCAAGAUGAAGACAUUGUAAAAUGGGUAAAAAAACAAUUACAAAAGGGUCAAAUAUCAGAUUUACUAGACCCAGGUUUACUAGAACUUGAUCCAGAGUCAUCCGAAUGGGAGGAGUUUUUACUAGGGAUCAAAGUGGGACUCCUAUGCACUGCACCAGACCCGAGCGAAAGACCCUCAAUGAGCGAUGUCGUGUUCAUGCUCGAGGGUUGUCGGGUUGGACCUGAUAUCAUGUCGUCCGCGGAUCCAACCACUCUACCUUCUCCUGCUGGGUAGCCACUAACCACUAACCCCAAACCCAGGAAGAAUAAGUCAAGAUUAUGUGAUUAUGUAUCAAUUUUUAACAAAAUAUAUUGUUGAUUUUGAUGUGUUUUAUAAAAUUAUGUUAAUUUUGCAAGUUGGUUGGUUUGCCUGUAUUGUAGAAUGAUGCAUGAAUAUUAAAUUAAAUAUAG